AUGACGGACAGUACCAAACCCCAAAUCGCACUUGUGGGUUCCUAUUCCGACGCCUUCGUGACGGCCUUGCAGGACGACUUUGAAGUCGAGCAAUGUGACUCAGUUCCCAACCCCGCGACGAGGACAUCGAGUCUCGCGGCGCUUGCUCUCAAGGACGACGAUUAUACCCUCUCCGAAAGCGAUAUUACCUUAAUGUUACCCGACAAGACGGUUCUUAUUUUCUUUGGGCCUACAUCGACGCUCUUGGAGACCAUUCAAAGUGCGACCAACACCCCCAUCGACAUCCCGAGUCUUGGGCUAGUCGACGGUUUACCGCUCCUCGUGUACAUGGUUGAUGGCAUGGUCAACGUUGCUUCCAACAGUAUUCCCAGCGAGGCUCAGGUCCUUCCCCUAAUGCAAAGUGCUCUUAAAAAAGAUAGCAAGAUGGCAAACCAAGGCUUCCAACUACAAGUAUCUCCGGUCGAUCUUGUUGAACAAGCCGCAAUGUCCAUCGAUAGCGCCGUGUCUGCGACGCGGAGUACCAGAGCUUAUGUAUCCAAUCUAGAGCCGCCGGCUGGCGUGAUUGGUUUCAAGAGGCAGAAGUACAAUCUGAACUGGUACACGGAUGUGUACUCGUAUGCGACGGGUGCCGACUGCAGGGGUAAAACCUCGGGCCAGUUUACUUCAGCGGGGGGUAUCGUUGCUGUAGAUCGGGGCGCCAUGACAGGCCACCAUCCUGGUUCUUCCCUUCAAAUGACUACUUACCAACCACGCGGCCCGGAGUCGCAGAUCGACGGUCAGGUUCAGUACAAUAUCAGCUUCGAACAGGACAUGCAGAUGUUCAAUAACAACGGGAACUCUGCCUAUACGUUCAAGGCCCAAUAUACAAACAGUUUCACCUUAGAUCAAUUUCAGCUACAUGAAGUCCCGGGUGACUCGGGGGUCGAUUUCUCGGUUGAUUACAAUGGCUACUAUGACCGUUGGGCUGACCCAACGUUCGUCACUGACAAAUGGUGGAACCCUGGUGUCUACCAGAAAGUUAAGCGACAAGGACGGAGCUAUUGGAUUGUUCGAGAAAACCUGCCGGCCGAUAAUUUACCUAUCAAUGGCUUGACCGUCCUUUCGUCAAGCGUCGGUAAAUAUCCUCUUGGCUGCAGGGCAUUCAAGUCUAACUACUGGCGCACUACCAGUGACGAUAACCAUGUGAGCGAUGCAGACCAUAUGUUACUAUCUGUGAACGUUUGA